AUGGUAGCUGGCGAAGACAGAAAGUUGUUUGUGGGAAUGCUCAACAAACAGCAAACAGAAGAUGAUAUUCGACAGUUAUUCCAGCCUUAUGGAACGAUUGAAGAAUGCACCAUUCUACGUGAUCAAAAUGGAAACAGCAAGGGUUGUGCAUUUGUCAAGUUCUCAACCCAUGCUGAGGCACAAUCUGCUAUAAAUGCUCUUCAUGGAAGCCAGACGAUGCCUGAGAUGCUGAGAUUUGAAGUGGCAGAAUUAGCCCAUCAGGGUGCCUCAUCAAGUCUUGUUGUGAAAUUUGCUGAUACAGAAAAGGAAAGACAGCUGCGUCGAAUGCAGCAAAUGGCCGGCCCCCUCAGUCUGUUAAAUCCAUUUGCUCUUACACAGUUUGGUGCUUAUGGGGGAUACACUCAAGUCAGUACACAGCAACAGGCUGCAAUCAUGGCUGCUGCUGCUACCCAGGGUACAUACUUGGCCAGUCCAAUUGCAUCCCUGGCUGCACAUGUUCAAUCAAUGAAUGCGUUAGGAGCCCCCAAUGGAAUCACGACGGCUGCCAUUACACCCACAACUGGAACGCUAGCAAAUGUUUCAGCUUCCUAUCACCGAGCCAUGAUCAAGAGGAAUGAAGAAAUUAUUGCCGACAGCAGUCUUUAUGGGAAAAUAAUGGACUACCCAGAUCUAGGCACAGCAACAUCACCAGCAGCUAUCAAUGGUGCACCAAACAUGCUCUCUCCAACAGUUACAAGUUUCCCUGUUCCUCAAGCCAACAGCCAAGCCCCAGAAGUAUAUGCUAAUGGUAUUCCACAUUAUCCAGCUCAAGCAGUUGCUAAUGGUGACCCACUCCAGGCCUAUGCAGUACAGCCUUAUGCAGGAAUUGCUGCUUACCCUGCUGCCUAUGGCCAAUUCCAACAAGCAUUAGCCCAGCAUGCUACAAUCCUUCCCACAGCACAAAAAGAGGGACCUGAGGGCUGCAAUCUAUUCAUCUACCAUUUGCCACAGGAAUUUGGAGAUGCUGAACUCGCUCAGAUGUUCAUGCCUUUUGGAAAUGUAAUCAGUGCCAAAGUCUAUGUUGACCGAGCAACAAAUCAAAGUAAAUGUUUCGGUUUUGUUAGCUUUGACAAUCCGGCGAGUGCCCAGGCUGCUAUACAAGCCAUGAAUGGAUUUCAAAUUGGAAUGAAGCGCCUGAAGGUACAGUUGAAGCGUCCAAAAGAUGCCAAUCGCCCCUAUUAG